AUGACAGGAAACGGUCUCCUCGAAAGGUACCCCCUGCCUCACCUUCGCACAUUCGCCGUGACGGCUGUACCCAGCGACUUGGACCCAUUUGAUACACCGGAAUAUGUCGACAAAGUCCUUCGACUCGGGCAGUCUUACGGCCCGCAGCUGCAUGAGCUUUUUAUCUACGUCUGGGGGUACGACGACAGCCGGAACAAUACGGAUGCCAGCGUAGGCAUCCUCGUCGCACACCUGUCCAGCGGCAGGUUUGAUAACCUGCGGUCGCUGUGUUUCUCUUGGGCCACUGAUCCCGAAUUGAAGACUCUGCGCGCCAUUGGCUGCCACCUCUUGGCCUUGGAGGAGCUUUCGUUUGGCUUUCAGCCAGAUGAAGAAAAGACUUUUGCCACGUUGAGGGACGAGUGGCGGUUCCCCUGGCACACGACAUCCUCGCCAGACCACGGUGAUUUCAUCGCCGCCAUCGCCCCUCUACAGCGUCUGCAGAGGCUCUGUGUCUUUGGAGAUGAGUUUGUCGCGGACUGGGCCGGGGACGGCUGGGCCUGGCAUCGGUUCUUCAAAGAGCACGUCUGGUUUCAUCAAGGGCGGAGCUUUGUGCACCGCGAGAUGGGGAAACAGGGGCAAGGGCAAGACUGGUCCGAGACCAUGCGCGGACACACCCGCACAGGCGACAAGGUGGAGGACUGGGUCACGCCCUGGGUGACCGGAAAGGAGAGCGUCCAAGGGGCCCGGCAAGCCGUCGCGGAGAUAGCCGCUCGAUAUGCAGACGUGUUGCCCCAGUUGCGGGAAUUCAUGUCGGGCAGAGUAUUGGUCGAAAUUGCACGUUGA